CACCGAGAGGAUCUGUCGCGGCCGCCCUUCCUGGCACCAUGUCCGCCCAGGCGCAGAUGCGUGCCCUCUUGGACCAGCUUAUGGGCACAGCUCGGGACGGAGACGAAACCAGACAGAGAGUCAAGUUUACAGAUGACCGUGUUUGCAAGAGUCACCUUCUGGACUGCUGCCCUCAUGACAUCCUGGCUGGAACGCGCAUGGAUUUAGGAGAAUGUACCAAAAUUCACGACUUGGCCCUCCGAGCAGAUUAUGAAAUUGCAAGUAAAGAGAGAGACCUGUUUUUUGAAUUGGAUGCAAUGGAUCACUUGGAGUCCUUUAUUGCAGAAUGUGAUCGGAGGACUGAGCUUGCCAAGAAACGACUGGCAGAAACACAGGAGGAGAUCAGUGCAGAAGUUUCUGCAAAGGCAGAAAAAGUGCAUGAGUUGAAUGAAGAAAUAGGAAAAUUGCUUGCAAAAGCUGAGCAGCUAGGAGCUGAAGGAAACGUGGAUGAAUCUCAGAAGAUUCUCAUGGAAGUGGAGAAAGUUCGUGCAAAGAAAAAAGAAGCUGAGGAAGAAUACAGAAAUUCUAUGCCUGCAUCUAGUUUUCAACAGCAAAAACUGCGUGUCUGUGAAGUCUGUUCAGCCUACCUUGGUCUUCAUGACAAUGACCGCCGUCUGGCAGACCACUUUGGGGGCAAGUUACAUUUGGGGUUCAUUCAGAUCCGAGAGAAACUUGAUCAGUUAAGGGUCAGAUGCUUUGAGUCUGGAUCAAGAACCAGAGAGCGCAGGAGGUCACGCUCUCGGGAUCGUCGUCGUAGGCGAUCAAGAUCUACCUCUCGAGAGAGACGGAAGUCUUCCCGUUCCCGUUCCCGAGACAGAGACAGACAUCGUCGCCACCGCAGCCGUUCCCGGAGCCACAGCCGGGGACACCGCCGGCCUUCCAGGGACCGGAGUGCAAAAUACAAGUUCUCCAGAGAGCGCAUGUCGAGAGAGGAGUCCUGGGAGUACGGGCGCAGCGAGCGAGGGUCCACCGACUGGAGGCUGGAGAGCUCCAAUGGGAAGGCUGCUUCAAGGAAGUCAGAGGAGAAGGAGGCCGGCGAGAUCUGAGCCCUUUUCCUGGCAUUGUAAAUAGUCUGAGAGAUGUUCAACAUAGCCUAAAAUUACCCUUUAUAUUUCCUGAAUACAACUCAUCUUUUGUAGUUUAAAUUUCUUUUGUUUGGAGCUAGCUAUGAGUUUCUAGAGCUGAGCAGAGUUGCUCCUGUGUUCUGGGGUUAUGUUGCAUAGGAAUAAAUAAACCUGGCAGACUGUCUUCUGACA